UUUUUUUUUUUAUCUCUUUUCUAUAUUCAGUAUGCGCUCCAUUUUAUUUGUUUGUCUCAUGUUGGCUUGUUUGGCAGUUGCUUAUGCUGCUGAAGCAGGUAAAUAAAAAUGAUAAAUUACCCCUAUUUAUAAAAUGUACAUCAAGGCUUCACCAAUUAUAUGCUUGCUCUUAAAGAACCUGUAACUCAAAAAAAAAUCAAUCAAGCUAAAUCAGAUAUUGAAAAGAUGGGUGGUAAAAUUCUCUACGAAAUUACUCUUGGUAUGCAUGGCUUCGCUGUUGCUAUUCCCUCCAACACUGUGAUUGCUAUGGACCAAAAGGAUUAUGUUGAGUUCAUGGAACAAGAUCAUACAGUUCACGCAUUUCAAGACUAAUAAAGGAUUGAGGUUCUACACAAUUAAAGUAUACAGUGGCUCAAAAUAUUCGCUUCUUGAAAAUUCAGUGUUCGUUUUUUUAUUGGCGGAAAUCCGUUAGAGUUGUUGUAGAAGGUUUGAUACAGACAUUCUCGUCCUUUAGUAAUAGCCCAGAAUCAAUAUGAUUUGGGCUCAACAUAAACAAAUGGCUAUCUGCCAGUAAAUGCGAGUAUAAGCAAUACAUGCACAUGGAUAAUUAUCUUGUUCAUGAAAAGAGCGAGGUGAGCAGUAGCUGAUUCAUUGUCUUUGAUUUAGAUGGCUCUUUCCUUUUUUUACUAUUAAGUCUUUCUUUUGUAAUGUUUAUAUAAUUUCAUGUUUUAAUGUCUC